CUCAACUGCAGCCGGCGAACCAGUCAGCGGCGGAGAGGAAGUGUCUGAUAGGUGCAGAGAGGGUUCGGUCUGUGUGUGAGAGACUGAGAAAGGCAGCUGUAUUACAUCCAGGACGGUACCACUACCGGGGACCCAGUCUGUGGAUUAUCCCUCGCCUGUGAAGGAACACCUGUGUGUGGAGAGAGAGCCGGACUGAACCCUGGAGAGCAGGGCGGGUGGAUGACUUCUGUGGAUGCGGGUCUGAGCGGUGGAGAAAGGGAGGCUGCUGAACAUGGGCCCCCCCCUGUAGUCACCGGGGCUGACAAGGAGGGGCAGGUCUUCCCGGUCAUCAUGUGCACUCGGACCUCUCCUGACCCCGUCCCAGAAUGCCAGUUGUUCUCUGAAGAGGUGGAAGAGACUGUGGAGGGGGUAGCAGAAGAGGGCAAAGAGAGGGAGUCAGACAGAGACAGUGCUGUGGAAAACUCCCAAGGCUCUGACGCUUUCGAAGGUCUCAACAGACUCGUAGACAAGGAAGACGCACUGGGAGAUCUCUUUUUCUCUGGGGAGAAGUGUGCUCAGGCUAGUAUCUCUGUAACCUCUGACCUCUCCACACGUUCCUCGGCUUCACUGAACGAAGAGCAGUUUGAGGACUACGGAGAGGGGGAAGAACCAGAAUACACUGCCAGCAGCCCUUCUCCAGACGACGACGCUCGAACUAACGGCUACUCCGACCUCGGCUCAUCUGUGCCCUCAAGCGCUGGUCAGACGCCCCGCAAAGUGCGUCAUCAGUUUGCAGGUGAGCUCAUGGACGUCUACUGUUCUCAGUGCAGCAAGAAGGUCAACCUGCUCAAUGACCUGGAGGCUCGCCUCAAAAACCUCAGGGCUAACAGUCCCAGCAGGAAAAUCUCCAGCACUGCCUUUGGAAGGCAGCUGCUCCAUAACAGCAACCUAAGCAGCCGUAACGGCAGCACGGAAGACCUUUUCAGAGAUAGCAUUGACUCCUGUGAUGUCGACAUCAACGAAAAGGUGAGUUCUCUUGAGAAGAAGGUCGCCGAACUUGAGAAUGAGAUUCUGAUGAAUAGCGACCUGAAGUCCAGACUGAAGCAGGAGAACACACAACUAGUACACAGGGUAAAUGAGCUAGAAGAGCAGCUGAAGGACCAAGAGACUCGUUCUGAGCAAAAUACCCAGGAGGAGUUAAGAAGACACAGAGAGGCCUACAGCAAAAUGGAAAGAGACAAGAACACCCAGAUAGAGCUACUGACCAGUCGUAUCAAGCAUCUGGAAGAGGAGAACAGUGACAUGUCUCUUACUUUGUGUCGACUCAAGUCACAGACAGAGAGACUUGAUGAGGAGAAGCAAAGGAUGACAGACAAGCUAGAGGAUACCAGUCUGCGGCUGAAGGAUGAAAUGGACCUUUACAGGAAAAUGAUGGACAAACUGAGGCAAAACAGGGAGCAGUUCCAGAAAGAGAAAGACGCCAUGCAGGAGUUAAUAGAGGACCUGCGUCGAGAGCUGGAGCUCUUGCAGCUCUACAAGCUAGAGGCAGAGAAGCCCGGUCGAAGCCGCAGCUCCUCAUCUGGACUGGCAGACUUUAACUGCAGGUCCAGAGAGGUGGAGCUGGAACAUGAGGUCAAGAGACUGAAGCAGGAAACCCAGAAGCUGAGGGAGCAAAAUGAAGACCUGAACGGCCAGAUCCUCAGCCUCAGCCUGUACGAAGCCAAGAACCUGUUUGCCACACAAACCAAGGCUCAGUCUCUAGCUGCUGAGAUAGACAACGCCUCCAGAGAUCAGUUAAUGGAAGCCCUGAAGGAGCAGGAGGACAUCAACAUAUGUCUGCGGCAGUACAUGGACAAGAUCAUUCUGUCCAUCCUGGACCACAACCCCUCCAUUCUGGAGAUAAAGAACUAGCAGACGCUUGAGACGGAUGAAAAUCCAUCACUCUGAAUCUGAGAUAGUUCCAGCUAUCUGCUCCGGGCAUCGCUACAGGAAGAAAAAAAGAUAACUGAACUCCUGUAACUGGACCUGCUUUGCCAGCUGCUGUUUGCUCAGAAGACUUUCUCUCCCCAUAGACUGAAAUUCAGAGCUAAAUUCCAGGGAUUCUUCCCAGGGAGCGAAUGCUAAACAACAGACGGUUAUGCAAAUGUGACGAUUUGUGUCAUACUGCACUGUUUUCUUACUCUGCUGCUUUGUUCAGUUGUUGUUGUCACAACUUUUGUUUUUUGGUAAUUUUGCAAGCUGGUAGCUUCUAACCAGGAAUAACCUGCUUUUAGGAUUGACUCAAUCAGGCAGGGGAGCACACUGGAGUUAAUCUGAAGAUACUAGAAAAGCCUAACAAAAUCUCCCCGUCGUGGGAUAAUUGCUGUAUUACUGACAGAUGGUGGGUCAGAUUUCAAAAAGCAAAUAGUGGCAAUAAGACGGCUACCCUGAGUGAGACGGACAUGAAGGCAGCCUCGUUGUUGCCUGACCUGUGUAUAAGAGAUAACUGCACAAAAUAAAAAAAUUUGGUCAAGCAUGUAUUAUAAAAAGAUUAAGAAAUGAGGAAAAAAGGGCUAAAAGAAAGGAAAGAAUGACUGUUAUUGUAAGUUAAUACAAAUAAUGUUGAAAGGGUUGGAAAGUUUGGUCUCCACAUACUGCAAAAAAAAAAAGUAUUUUUGUGAAAUCAGUGAAAGGUACUGAAGAUUAUUUAAAAAAAAGAAAGUUUUUUUAAUCUUACCACGUCUUCCAUAACUAAAGAAAAACUUUGCAUCCAUGUCAAUCAGAAUAACGGACCUUAGUUGGCUCAGAGGUGUUUGGUUGAUUGAUGGAAGAUGCAGCCAAGGAAUGUCUCUGAACUGUAGAGUUCUGGGAACUGGGAAACAAAAAUAAAGAUUCCCACCUGGUACCCAAGCAAUGUUGCACAGGAAAGUUUUGAUAUGAAUGUCGGGAUGUGUGAUGGAGUUAAGUCCAAACGAUUGAUUUACAAACCAGACAUGAGCAUGCACAGCAGACUGGAUCAGCAAUCUCAUUACCAACUUUCUAGCUACAGAUUUUACAUAACGCCCUAAUUUACUCCGUGCAACUAAUAAACUGAUGUAAAUAUAAUGAAUGUAGGACUUAAUGUUUCACUUCCUGUGUGGCCAAAAGGGCAUUCGUAAUGUAAUUCUCUUUCAUUGGUUAGGACAUGUUUUAACACCUAUGUACAGUGUUUGGUACUGUAUCAAGGAGUGAUUUAAAGGGAUAGCUUCUAACUUUUGAAAUGAGAUUCCUGGGAAUAUUCUACAGGCGGCUUAUCUUUCAGCUGCAGCUCUUCCUCCUCCAGACUGAUCACACCCGGAGACUAGUGCUAACAGCUUUACUCCAGCGUUGUGCAGUUGCUAUUUUACAAACCUUUUUUGUUUAAAAUGUUUAUCUUGGGCAUUUUUGUUUUUUUUUGUUUAGCUUGAAAACUGAGAAAGAAUCCAGCACCACUGGGACCUUAUUGUGUGAAACACAGACUGAGAACAAAAUGUGUACACUAAUGCAUUUCUACUCUGACUAAAUUACUAACUGAAAAGAAAAGUGGUAAAAAAAAAAAACGAUUGUUUAGGUGAGCCUAUUUUAUCUAUAUUUUAAUAACCGUACUGUGCUUUAAUUGUUCAAUUCCAAGUAUGUGUUUCACACUGAAAAUUCAUCAAUGCUGCACAGGCCUUUACUUAAAACAAAGGUAACAAACCGUUUAAAGGUUUAUAAAAGCAUUAUCACAAAUCGAUUUUAAGAUUUUGGUUCUAUUUAAAAGGUUGCUGAAAUCUAACCUGAGCAGCCAGACUGAUUUAAGACGUUCACAGCAUAUUAGUCUGGAAGGGAUUGAGGAGAGCUGAAUUUUAAAGUUGGGAAUCAGUUUUAUAACCAAUCAGAUAAAAAUGGAUGUGAUGCUAAAAAGAAAUAUAAAAAAAAGAAAGAAAUGCUCUUAAAGGUUUUGAAAUUUUAAGGGCAUUGCCCCAUUGCAGCUGCGAUCUUAACUGUUAUGGUUACAGAAAAGAACUGUUGCAUUAUGGGCCUGCCGUCUGCGCUCUGAUUGGUCUGGUCUGGUCUGUCAGUAUUGAGUUACCCCAGACUGACUUACGCAGUCUGGCUGACCAGGCUAUUUAAAAAAACUGCUUUGUUCUUGGCUAUCCUGUUAGCCAUUAUUAUGACUCUGACUUUACCACAUGAAAACCCCUGGAGGGUUACUGCAGGUAGAAUAAUAAUACCUGUUCAGAUCCUUAGGCAGGAACUCACUUCAAACUUUCUGAGGUAUCCCUUUAAUGUAAAGGAGGAACAAUCAAACUGCUGUAUUAGCCAAUUCUCACAAACUUGAGUUUUGCUUCCUUGCACAAAACAACCUUUUUUUUGUUUUUUUCUCCUUUUGCACGGCUCACAUCUUUCUCUGUCUGUGCCUUCUGAGGACAUUUUUCACGAUGUACUCGAUAAAGACUUUCCCAAGGUACUCUCUGGUUUCCGUCAGACAUGUUUUUGGUUUGUAAAUGUACUUGAACAGUAAUCAUUUGUAUUGAUGUGCCACUUACCACUCUUUUUAAGACUGGUAGGAAAACACCGAAUUUUCUACAGUUUUCUCAAAAGAAGAACCAGCUUGUUGCCUCGAUGUUUUGUUGGAUGUAUAGCACAAUGCUUUGUAUGGUACUUAAACUGCCGCCUGUUUUGUCAGUGUAGUGAUUUUUUUUUUUACUUGGUAGCUUUUUAAAGAAAAAAUGUUUGUUAGUUUUGUUCUGUUCACUACUUUUCACUUUGCUUUAAAUCGGCUUUUUGUAUGGUCGUGAACUGUCUUCCUAGUUCAACCGUGAGCAUUAUGAGCAAUAUUAACUUAUUCCAAAUACUGGCUCAUCAAAUUUUUUUAAUACCUGCUUGUGCCAUCCUCAGUUAGAGUAAAAUCCAAUACAACAUCAAGCUGUAAAACUGGAGUCUGGUUGCUGUUAAACCUCUAUUAGGGCUACUAAUUGGGGUAACUAUCUUUGCAAUAAAAAUGUUCAGGCUGUGA